GGAGCCCUCCUCUCACUCUACAGCACAGCAGCACACAGCAGCACCAGGCCCUGCUCCCACUGUGUGUGUUUCUGCUGCAGGGACAGUCCCUGAGCACUGGCAUCUCUGCUUCCAGUGCUCCUUCUGCAGAAACACGGAGCGAUUUUGUUCAGAAACACAGUGAGGCUGCAAACCCCACUCAGGUUGGUGUCCUACUGCUGGUUCUCAAGAUGUUGAGACUGCAAGAGCUGUGCCUGCCCAGGGACUUCUCUGGCAAGCCUGGCUCUUUGCUGCCUGUGAGCACUGGCUUCAUCUUAAUGGAGAAGCUGGAAACAGGAUUGGGGUGGAAGAGCAGGGACGCCCGAGGGUGGCUCCAGGGCUGUAGCCCUGGCCACAGAGCAGCUCUGCUGCCAACAGGUGGAGGGAGGCCAUCCUUCUGCAGCAUGGCCAUCCCUGGGCACCUCACUCUGCACUGGCUGCAAGAGUUGUCAUCUUCCUGCUUGGGUGCCAAGCACCCUGACCAUGGUGAGGUGGUGACUGUGUCAAAGUGGGCAGCAGGGAGUGGUCCCACUGUGACAUGCAGGGCUGGGAGCAGAGCAAAGGCUGCCAGGCUCAGUCAGCAUCAGUGUGACCUGGUGAGGUGUGGAGAAGGCAGAGGAAGGGGCUGCACGAAGCUGCUGAGGGGCCCUGAGCUGCAAACUCACCCUCAUCCUGUUUCUCCCUCACAGUUGGCAGAAGAGUGUGCAGAGAAGAAAGCCCAACACUACUGAGGCAGGAGCUCUGCAAGUGCUCACUGUCAAUGUGCACCAUGUCCGCAAGGAUGCAGGAUGCCCCAGAAUCAGGAGAGCUGGGUGAGAGCAAAGUAUCCCCAUAUGCAGCCCCUGCCACCAGGCAGGGGGUGCUAGGGGUGUGUCUGUGUCCUCUGCUCCUUGGCCAGGGUUGGGCUGUGGCUGCCUGCUGGGACCACUGCACCUGCAAUACCCGCUUCCCCUCUACAGCCUCCAGCAAUGCCCCUCAGCCAGCAGGGCAGGCACAGAGCAGGACCCUGGGGACAGCCCUUGGGGACACCUGGCCCUGCCAGGUGCUCACUGCAUUUGUUCUCUCCUCUUCAGCAUGUAUGCUGUGUGGACAGAUAGAUGCUGACCCAAGCAUCUGUGGGCCCAAACACAUGGACUUUGGGAUCUGUGCCCAUGCAUUCUGCGCGAUGUUUUCCACCAGCCUCCUUCAAAAAGCAAGAAUACUGAAUAGAAUCGUAGUGCUGCACCCUGAAGACAUCAGACACACAAUCCAGCAGGCAGAACAGAAGUGCUGCUUCAUUUGUGGCAAGAGGGGGGCUUCCAUCACUUGCGCAGAAAUAGGCUGUGAACGCAGCUUCCAUCUCCCCUGCACCCUGGAGGGCGAAUGUGUCAGCCAGCACUUUGGAAAGUACAGUUCCUUCUGUCAAGAGCACAGCCCUCAGCAAGCAGUGGAAGCAGCUCCAGAGCAGGACACCAGUUGCAUCAUCUGCUUGGAGCCUGUGGAGGACAAGAAGUCCUAUAGCACCAUGGUGUGUCCAGCCUGCAAACAUGCAUGGUUCCAUCGGGCCUGCAUCCAGGUAGGAGGACUCCUCUCACCUUGCAGGCAUGGCAGCACCAGGCCCUGCUCACACUCAUGCUGCGUGUAUUUGUGCUGCAGGGACAGGCAACGUGCACAGGCAUUAACUGUUUCCAGUGCCCUCUCUGCAGAGACAAAAACAAAUUUAAAUCAGAAAUGUUCAUCAUGGGGAUCCGAAUCCCAGUCAGGUUGGUGUCCUGCCUGCUCUCAAGACACGAGGCCACAAGAGCUGUGCUCACCCAGGGAAUGCCGCAGCAGGCCUAGCCCUUUGCUGCCUGUGAGUGUUGGCCUCAUCUUCACAAAGAAGCUGGAAAUGAGGUCGGGGUGGAAGAGUAGGGAUGCCUUAGGUCAGCCUUCAGCCAGGGGCAGUGGGGGCUCAUUGUAUUCCCUCCCUUCACUGGCAGAGAACCAACGUGGGAGGACAACAACGCCUACGCAGCACUGGGAGACAGGCACAGGCGCUGCGAUGUCAGCAAGUGCCUCUAUCCACGAGGCAGGGAGCAGGCAGAAGGAGAGGGACCCUGGCAGCUGCUCCUGUGCAGCUCCUGUGCAGCAGAAGGCACCCACCGACACUGCUCCUAUUUGAGCAACACCACAGACACCUGGGAGUGCAACACCUGUGCCAGCGUGGGCAAUGCUUCCAGUGACACCUUGGACAGCACUGCCAGUCAGCAGGGACUGGGGCCAUCCCAUGGCUCUGUAGCACCUGAGAGCAGCAUCUCCAGCCAGGCAGCACUGGGGCCAGCUCACAGUUCUGGGGUGCCUGAGGGCAGCAGCCAGUCCAGCCAGCCCAGGACAGACCAAAGAACAAUCCACUUUCGUUUACAUCAGGAUGAAAAUAUCUAUAACCAGCUCCACGGACACCAUGAGAGCAGCUGUGCUGCAGCCCUAUGGGGUGCUGCUGAGAGAUGGACGCAGAUAUCUGCCAGCCAGGGGGCAUCAGGAUCCUCAAGAGAUUCCCCAGCAGUUGGCAGCCACAGGUCCAGACAGGGAGCAGGGGCCCGGACCCGAAGCCGCUCCCCAUUACAAUCUCAGGCCCCAGAUUCCCAAAGCUGACCCCAAAGAUGCUGUGGGAGCAGCCAUGCACUACUCACAUGUGCUGGGAGCUGCACCCAGAACUACACCAGCUGAGGAGCCCCGGGGUCACUGAGGGAUUCCCCAGCAGCUGAGAGAAGCAGACCAGGCAGCAAGGGUGGGCCUGGACAAGAAGCCACUCCCCUGUUGACCGCAGGGCUGUGGAGUCCCAAAGUUAGCCCCAGAGACACCAUGGGAGCCAGUCCAGGAGGAAAGGGCCAACCCAGGUGCAAAGCCUUUCCUGGGUACAUCGUCAGGCUGAAAAUCCCCACAGCUGGUCCCAGAGACACCACAGGAACAGCCGUGUGCCAGCCCCACAUGCUGGCUCCAGUCCACGGAGGCCAUUGCAAUAAAAUCU